AUGGCAGUUGAGAACUUCACUCUGUUUACUGAGUUCAUCUUCUUGGGACUAUCUGGCAGACAAGAUGUGCAAAAGGGGCUCUUUGUGUUCUUCUUCCUUGUUUAUGGCAUAACCUUGAUUGCCAAUCUAGGGAUGAUCUUGCUGAUCAAGGUAGACCCCAGACUUCACACACCCAUGUAUUAUUUCCUGAGCAAUCUGUCUUUCUGUGACAUCUGCUAUUCUUCCACUGUCUCUCCAAAGAUGCUGGCUGAUUUCUUAUCUGAGCAAAAGGAAAUUCCAUAUGAUUUAUGUGCCAUCCAAAUGUAUUUUUUUGGUGCCUUUGCAGAUGUGGAAUGUCUCAUGUUGGCUGUCAUGGCCUAUGAUCGAUAUGUUGCCAUCUGCAAUCCACUUCUUUAUACAAUCGCAAUGUCCAGGAGGAUCUGUACCCAGCUAGUGGCAGUUGCCUACCUUGUAGGCUUGGUAGACUCAGCAAUCCACACUUGCUUGACAUUUCGAUUGUCCUUCUGCAAUUCAAAUGUCAUCAAUCACUUUUUCUGUGACAUCCCACCCUUGCUAGCCCUCUCUUGCUCAGAUACCUCCAUCAACGAGAUAGUGAUGUUCACCUUCAUUGGCUGUGUUGUAGGACUCAGCAUUGUCACUGUCCUCCUCUCCUACAGCUACAUCAUCACGACUAUCUUUAGGAUGAACUCAGCUGAGGGCAGACGCAAAGCCUUCUCCACAUGCGCCUCUCACCUUAUAGCUGUGGCCAUAUUUCAUGGCACACUCCUGUUCAUGUAUUUUCGACCCAGCUCGAGUUACUCAAUGGACACAGAUAAAAUGGCCUCUGUUUUCUACACAGUUGUUAUCCCCAUGUUGAACCCGCUGAUCUACAGCUUAAGAAAUAAGGAUGUAAAGGGUGCUCUUAGCAAAGCUAUCAGCACUAACUUGUGUUCUGGGUGA